AUGGCCGUGGCCUUCGGCCUGAAUCACAAUGGCCGGUGCAAUGUGCCGGCGCUGGACGGUGGCCUGAGCUACACGCAGGUCGCUGCGGGAGGCUUCCACACGGUGCUGCUCAGGAGCGACGGCACGGCCGUGGCCUUCGGCUGGAAUGGUCGUGGCCAGUGCAACGUGCCGGCGCUGGACGGUGGCUUGAGCUACACGCAGGUCGCCGCCGGAGGGGCCCACGCGGUGCUGGUCAGGAGCGACGGCACGGCCGUGGCCUUCGGCUCGAAUCAAGAUGGCCAGUGCAAUGUGCCGGCGCUGGACGGUGGCCUGAGCUACACGCAGGUCGCCGCGGGAGGCUCCCACACGGUGCUGCUCAGGAGCGACGGCGCGGCCGUGGCCUUCAGCGAGAAUUACGCUGGCCAGUGCAACGUGCCAGCGCUGGACGGGGCGCCGACGUACACCGCGCGCCUGCUCGUCGGCGCGACGCUGCUCCUGCAGGCGUCGCUCGACGGCGGCGCGGUGCGCUUCCUGACCCUGGGCGGGGUGGAGCGCUGCCGGGUGCGGGCGGCGCCUGGCGCGCCGCUCGCUGGCGUGCGCGACUGGCUGGCGGGCGAGCUGGGCGCGGGCAGGCUGGGCCCCGGGCUCGGCCGCGCCGACGCGGCCCUGCCAGGCGGACGGCUCCUGAGCGGGGCCUCGGCGGGCGAGACCGUCGCGGACGCCUUCGGGUUGUAG